UACGAGGAGGUACAAUGCAGCUGGGUGGUGCAAUCUGCCAGCCUAAAGGAAAACAUGUGACAUGAAGCUUCAGUACUUACAGACCUGACAACACAAAGUUUCAUACUGACCUGCUUGUCAGCUGGUGACAGUUUACUCUCCUCAACAUGACGUCAACUAGUGAGCUGAUUUUCUUUGUCAAUGGCAAAAAGGUUGUUGAGAGGAAUGCUGAUCCAGAGGAGGUGCUGCUCAGCUUUCUCAGGAGAAAAGUUGGUCUAACUGGUACUAAGUACGGCUGUGGAGGUGGAGGAUGUGGCGCCUGCACGGUCAUGGUGUCCCGAUACGACCGCAACCAGGAGAGAGUUGUACACUAUACAGUCAACGCCUGCCUGCAGCCAAUUGUCACCCUGCACGGCGCCGCUGUGGUGACGGUAGAAGGCGUCGGCAGCACCAAAACCAAACUGCACCCUGUUCAGGAGCGAAUAGCGAAGGCUCACGGCUCCCAGUGUGGCUUCUGCACUCCAGGGAUGGUGAUGUCCAUGUACACUCUGCUGAGGAACAAACCUCAACCAACCAUGGAGGACAUCAGGGAAGCUCUCGGAGGGAAUCUUUGUCGCUGCACAGGCUACAGACCAAUCAUUGACGGCUUUAAGACUUUCUGUGGAAGUGAGCCGUCAUCGGGCUGCUGCCAAAACGGAGGCGGCGGAGGGAAAUGCUGCACAAACGGCAGCAAAAUGAACGACAGCGAGGAAAGCGAUAUCUCUCAGGAACUCUUCUCAUUGGACGAUGUGUUACCUCUGGAUCCCUCUCAGGAUCUCAUCUUCCCUCCGGAGCUCAUGAUUAUGGAGAAGAAACUUAUUGGAGAUGCUCUUUAUUUCCAAGGAGAGAGAGUGAAUUUGGUCGCUCCCUUUGAGCUGUCGCACCUCCUGGAGCUGAAGGCCAAACACCCCGCUGCUCCACUGAUCGUCGGCUACACAACCAUCGGACCAAAGAUGCUUCUAAAAGGAGUCCAUCAUCCUCUGGUGAUCUACGCUGGAAGGAUUUCAGAGCUCAGCGCCUUGACAUGGGGGAAGAACGGUGUGACAGUCGGAGCUGCCUGCAGCCUCAGCACGCUGAAGGAGGAGGUGGAGAGGGCGGUGGCGGAGAUGGAGGAGGAGAAGACCAGAGGAUAUCGGGCGUUGCUGCAGACCCUUCGGUGUCUGGCUGGAAAACAGAUACGCAACAUGGCGACUAUUGGUGGGAAUCUCCUCAGUGCCAAUCCCAAAUAUGACCUCAGCAGUGUUUUGGCUGCUCUGGACUGCACUCUGCAUGUCAUUUCUAAGGAUGGGAUGAGGAACGUGCCCUUAAAUGAAAAACUCUUCACUGACUUUGGAAAAACAGCCCUCAGGCCGGAUGAAGUCUUACUGUCGGUCGACAUCCCCUCCACCAAACCUUGGGAGUUUGUGGCGGCGUAUCGACAGGCCCAGAGAAGAGAGUUUGCCUUCUCCUUUGUGAACGCUGGGAUGAAGGUGGCCAUCAGGGAGGGAUCCGACAUCGUGGAGUCCCUCAACAUCUACUACGGCGGAGUUGGAUCGACUCUGGUCAAACCCGGAAGGACGUGUCAGCAGCUUGUCGGCCGGUCGUGGGGGGAGGACCUCUUCUCUGAAGCCUGCCGCUUCCUGAAAGAAAACGUGGACGUUUCCCCAACGAUCCACGGAGGGAAGGCAGAGUACCGCAAAACCCUCGCCAUCAGCUUCUUCUUCAAGUUCUACAUGCAAGUCGUCCUGGAGAUGAGAGGCAGAGAUGUUUCGGAUGUUGAUCUUCCUCUGGAGUAUCUCAGCGCGCUCAAGCCCUUUGAGAAUGAAGUGCCUCAGGGUCAUCAGUCCUUCCAGCUUGUAUCAAAGGCCCAGCCCUCUGCUGACCCGGUCGGCCGUCCCAGCAUGCAUCAGUCUGCCUUCCAGCAGGCCACUGGUGAAGCCAAGUACUACGAUGACUUGCCGCCAGUCCAGGGAGAGCUCUUCAUCGUCAUGGUGACGAGCACCAGAGCCCAUGCAAAAAUCAUCAACAUCGAAGCGUCAGCUGCCCUGAAGAUGCCCGGCGUGGUCACCUUCGUCUCCGCCGGAGACGUUCCCGGGACGAAUCGUAGACUCUGGUUCAACAACCCCGAGGAACUGUUUGCAGAAGAAGAAGUGCUUUGCGUCGGUCAGAUCAUCGGUGCCGUGGUGGCGGAGAGCAGAGAACAGGCCAGAAGAGCAGCUGAGAAGGUCCAGGUCACCUACCAGGACCUCCAGCCCGUCUUCUUCACCAUAGAGGAUGCCAUAAAGCACGAGUCUUACUUUGAGCCCAAGAGGAAGGUGGAGAGAGGUGACGUGGACGAAGCCUUGAACAACGCUGAGCAUAUUCUGGAGGAUGAGCUCUAUAUGGGCGGUCAGGAGCAUUUCUACAUGGAGACUCAGGGACUGAUCGCUGUUCCCAGAGGAGAGAACGAAGAGAUGGAUUUGUAUGUCGCUACUCAGCACGGUGCCUUCACUCAGGAGCUGGUCGGCAUGGCGCUGGGCAUUGACUCCAACAAGAUCACCUGCCAUGUGAAGAGGCUGGGCGGAGGGUUCGGAGGCAAAGUCAUGAAGAUCGCCUCCUUGUCUGCUAUCACUGCAGUCGCCGCACACAAGACUGGGAGGGCUGUACGCUGCUGUCUGGAGCGAGGAGAUGACAUGCUGAUCACCGGCGGCAGACACCCGUUCCUCGGGAAGUACAAGGUCGGAUACAACGACGACGGCACCGUUGUAGCGGCAGACAUCACUUACUACAGCAACGGAGGAUGUACGCUGGACGAGUCGGCAUUCAUCAUGGACAAAGCGAUCCUCCACAUGGACAACGGCUACAAGAUCCCCAACCUGCGAGGUCACGGCGUGGUGUGUAAAACCUACCUGCCGUCCUACACGGCUUUCCGGGGCUUCGGCGGACCUCAGGGUCUGACGGUGAUUGAGAGCGUCCUGCACGAGGUGGCUGUUCGCUGUGGCCUUCCUCCCGAACAGGUCAGAGAUAUCAACAUGUACAGGGAGGAGGAGUGCUACACCCACUACAAGCAGCCCUUCUGCCCCACCGACAUGGUCCGCUGCUGGGACCAGUGUCUAGAGAAGGCCGACUGCCGGGAUCGACUCCGAGCCGUCCGACUCUUCAACUCCUCCAACCGCUGGAAGAAGAGAGGCAUCGCUGCCGUCCCGCAGAAGUUCGGUGUCGGCUUCUCCAAAGGUUUCUACAACCAGGGUGCAGCGCUGGUGAACAUCUACAAAGACGGCUCGGUGCUGGUGACACAUGGAGGAACGGAGAUGGGUCAGGGCUUCAACACCAAGGUCAUACAGAUAGCGAGCCGAGUCCUGGAGGUCCCCAUGUCCUCCAUCUUCAUCAAGGAGACGAGUACAGGAAACGUCCCCAACGCAGCACCGUCAGCUGCUUCCUUCGGUACCGACGCCGUGGGCAUGGCUGUCAAGGAUGCUUGUGAGAAGCUGAUGAGGCGCCUGCAGCCACUGAUGGAAAGAAAUCCCCAAAACACCUGGAAGCAAUGGGUUAAUGAAGCUUUCUUCCAGAAGAUCAGCUUAUCUGCAACUGGUUUCUUCAUGGGACCACCCACCGAUGUGGACUGGGAGAAGGGUGAAGGUCAUGCGUACUACUACUUCACCUACGGCGCCUGCUGCUCUGAAGUGGAGAUCGACUGUCUCACCGGGGAUCACAAAAACAUCCGGACGGACAUCGUGAUGGAUGUUGGGAAAAGCAUCAAUCCUGCUUUGGACAUUGGACAGGUGGAGGGAGGCUUCGUUCAGGGUGUCGGCCUUUACACCAUCGAGGAGCUGCAGUUCUCUACGAACGGAGUCUUGAUGACCAGAGGUCCGUCUCAGUACAAGGUGCCGGCACUCAGCGACGUCCCGGCUGAGCUCAACGUUCACCUGCUGGCUAACGCAGAAAACCCCCACGCCAUCUACCUGUCCAAGGGUAUCGGAGAGCCUCCAGUCUUCUUCGGCUCCACCGUUUUCUUCGCCAUCAAGGCGGCCAUCGCUGCCGCACGCAGAGAGAGAGGACUCGGGGAAACUUUCCCUCUGAGCUCCCCCGCUACAGCUGUAAGGAUCCGCAUGGCCUGUCAGGACCAGUUCACUCAGAUGGCCUCAUCUCCGACAGACGGGACUUCGCCGCCGUGGUGCAUCGAUGUCUGAUCGGCCCACAAGGAGAAAGAUCUGCGUUAGUUUACACACGCUAUGACUCUACUGUGACACUUCAGGUCUUUGUUCAGAAGAUACGAUGGACAGAUAUGAUUUCUCAGUACAUAUACAGAGUAAACACUGAUUUAUUAAACGUA